AUGUCGAGCCAGCAGCCCGAAGAGAGGGUGUUCACCUUUGUAGACUAUGACAUUAAUCGACGCGGAGUCACGGAGACGGCACGGGCACAUCUGAUGAAGGAUCGUGUGAGAUCGAAAAGAGAGGCUCGAUCAGAAUGGGUUUCUCGCAACCAGUUCUCGCCGUUGCGCUGGAUGCGACCCAAAGAGGAAAAUGCACAGCCAAAUCCAGACCCAACAAAUGCACUGCUCCCCAGGGCUGGCGAAUCAGACCGGCCACCCAGAAACCGCAUCUCUCAUUAUGCAGCCGUCAUCGAUUUCCAGAGGGAUAGCGUGACCGUGUCGCCAUUUCUACGGAAGCCACGCUCAGAGUCACCACGUUCAAGGACCGCCGUUAAAGCCGAGCCACGGACCAAGCUGGAGGGCCAGGACAACAACAAUUCGUCUGAAAGGGCCGCUGUCGACAGGAAACGUCGUGCACCGUCACCGGAAGAGGACGAUCCCCCUGAAGAGUCCAGAUUAGGCAAUUCUCCCUUUCCUUUUACCGACACCGAGUCGCCCAGAUCCAGUGCCAGUGCCUAUGAUGUGGAGCGCCAUUCUCCCCAACUGUGCCCCAAGUCGCGAAGGCCCAGUACGGAGAGCCGUUCAGAAUUCGGAUUAUCGUUACUCGAAGGCCUGAAGAUCGAAAACACUCCGCCCGCGCAGCAAGCGACCCUGCAAGAUCGCUUUCCCGGAUCCGACGAAGAGCCGCAGCGCACUGUCCUUCGGGAGCUCCAGCAGGCCGUCGACGUGUCGCGCAUUGGUCUGACUCCCACCGAUCGUAACUUGAUCCGCUACUUCGCGCUAAAUGCCGCGACCAUGCUGGGCCUGGAUGUUUACCCGGAGAUCGUCCAAAAACAUGACCCUGUGCUCAAACUGUUCAUCCCAUUCGCUCUCUCGAGCCAAUGGUGCUUCGAGACCAUGAUACUACUCUUCAGUGCCAACCAUUACCGAAAAUACGGAGCACGUCCCGAGAGUGACUUGUUCGAUGCCGAGAACCACUACCUGGCCGCCCGACAGAAUUUCAUCCUGGCCCAGACCCGGCAAAGGAUAUCCGCCUUGGCCAGCCAAAAGGACUCGAGCGAUGAAGACGUGGUGGCCUUUCUGUUCCUGGCCCUGUCCGAGUACUGCGCGGGCCACCGACAAAUCGGGCUAAUGCACUUCAAGGCCUGGAAAGAAUACUGUGAGAUGCGCCGAGUGCUCGGCAUCAAGCCGUGCGGUCUGCCCUGCAAGACCAUCGUGUGGUGGUGUAUCUCGGUCCUGACUGAGAGCGACGUAUUGCUCGAUUCGAUCAUCAACCCUUCCACUAGAUCUCGCGUAAGAGAAGAUCCAGGGAAACUCUUCAGGUAUUUUGAGAGUUUCAGUGGGGAACAGUCUAGUCAGACAGACAAGUUGUCAGUGCCGGCGAAGCUCGACAGGCGGAUCACCUGUUAA